AUGAAGGUUCUCGAUGUGGGAUGCGGUGUUGGCGGACCUGCGCGUGAAAUAGCCAAAUUUACUGGCUGCCAUGUCACUGGCCUGAACAACAACGACUAUCAGAUCGAUAGAGCCACCCACUACGCCGCAAAGGAGGGCUUGUCAAACCAACUCAAAUUUGUGAAAGGAGACUUCAUGCAAAUGUCUUUCCCGGACAACUCUUUUGAUGCUAUUUACGCCAUCGAGGCUACAGUCCAUGCCCCUAGCUUGGAGGGCAUUUACAGCGAAAUCUUCCGAGUUCUCAAGCCUGGUGGUGUUUUCGGUGUCUACGAGUGGUUGAUGACUGACAAGUACGAUAACGAUAACCUGGCACAUCGCGAGAUUCGCCUUGGCAUCGAGCAGGGUGACGGAAUUUCCAACAUGUGUAAGGUCUCAGAGGGCCUGGCUGCUAUGAAGGCUGCGGGAUUCGACUUGCUCCACCACGAGGAUCUUGCUGAUAGGCCUGACCCUAUGCCAUGGUACUGGCCUCUGUCGGGUGACAUGCGGUACAUUCAGUCCCCGUUUGACAUCUUCACCAUUGUUCGGAUGACGAAAUGGGGACGGUAUCUGAUGCACAACCUGAUCGGUGGACUCGAGGCCAUUAAACUUGCUCCUGCUGGUACUAUGAAGACAGCAGACAGCUUGGCAUUAGCGGGCGACUGCUUGGUUGCUGGUGGAAAGGACCAUCUGUUUACGCCCAUGUAUCUCAUGGUUGGAAAAAAGCCUGCCAACUAG